AUGCUUGCCGCUCCAUCGCUUGCUUCGCUAGCCGAGAAAAGCCUGGCCAACUAUGUCCUUGGUGGUGGAUUACUACCUCUGAACAACAACGCCGCGUUUAUACGCGAGUCAACGGCUGUGAUCGUUACGAUCGUGGACCAGAACGAUCGAGCUGUAGCAUGUGGGGCUGUAUCGAUGUAUUCAGCAAAACAGGCCUACUGUGUUCUCGGAGAAGUAGCCGAUGAUUAUCGCAAUUGUACGAUCUGGAUCGAGGAAGUGCCCAGCGAGAAAAAGGAGUCGCGCGUUUAUCGUAUUAUUCGCUCUGUUCCACAUAUUGUUGAUCGCACUGCGCCGACAAUAUUCGAAACUGUGUUCGCCGAUCACAAUGGAAGGCCAACACUCCUUCACCUUGUCGACGCACUUGUUGAAUCCAGUGUUGGCAAAUUCAAUCUGGAUUUGAACAAAAAUUUGACCAUUGACUUGUUCGAGGGAAAACAAAAGAAUAGUGAAGAAUUUGUUGCACAAUGGCGUGACAUCACAGGAUUUGUCGUUUCAGACAAAUUCCGCCUUGAAGAAGUCCUGAUUGACAGGUCCUAUCUGACCAACCUGAAACAAGCCGAGAGCACAGUUACUAUAGAGAAGAUUGAUAAGGAAAAUCUACUUCCCGUGCUCGAUUAUGAUGGAGAAAUUUCUAUCUACGACCGCACAGAGCACGUCACUGCUCUGCUCCGAACACCUGGAAUUAAUGGCAAUGUAGCGCUUCGAGAUGGGCAACCGUGUGGUUAUGCUCUUUCUUGUAAGAACCGUGUUCUUCUCUGCUAUGCGGAAAACGAGGAAGUUUUCAAACAGCUAAUUUCAACGCUGGCCGAGGACAUGAAGUAUUCGCAAUGUAAAAUGUUCGUUCGAAAUGGUACUUCUGAUGUGACACAAAAAAUCAUUGAGGCUGCCAAGGAACGAAAGGCAGUUACGCGGCUUCACACGAGGACGAACAUCCACGGAAUUAAGUGGAACUUCAUUUACUGCACCAACGUUGGACUUCACAUAUUUUAAUGCCGUGGCUUGGCCUUCGUUGGUGUCUAAAGGUAUUGUAAAACAUCCUUUGAGGUAAAUGAUCCCUGCAUAGAACUGUGUGUAAAUAAAUGACUUGCAAUCACCUAAGCUUAUAUCAUUUUUAUAUGAAAAAUAAAAGUGUAUGACAAUUUUAAAUGUCGAACAAUGAA